CACAAAACUUUUCGCAUUUUUUUAAUCAUUGCCCCCUAAUUACGUGCCGCCACUGCGCUGGCUUCCCAAAUGUCAAAAUAAAGUCAGACCGUUCUAACCUCAAGUUUUUACAAAGCUUUUCAAAAAAGCUUUUUUUACACUAAUCACGCCAAUUUAUAGCCCAUUUCUUUAAAUAAAAAAUGCCACAUUGCUAAACUUCCAAAAAAUGGCAAAUCUGAAGCCAGGCGGGCAAAAUCCGCGAAAAAAAGUCCAGGUAUCAAUGGUAAUUUGCGAAGCUGAGGAGAAAAGACACAGAUCUGGGGUAAAUGCCCUUCAGAUAGAUCCGGCAUUAGACCGUUUGUAUUCUGCUGGGAGGGACUCAAUUAUUAGGGUGUAUGAACAUGAGCGCUAUUUACACGGAAUGGAGCACCAUACUGAUUGGGUUAAUGACAUAGUUCUGUGUUGCGGAGGCCGGCACUUAAUCUCUGCAAGUUCUGACACUACUGUUAAAGUAUGGAACGCCCACAAGGGCUUCUGCAUGUCAACUCUGCGAACACAUAAAGACUAUGUGAAAGCCUUGGCUUACGCCAAAGACAGAGAACAAGUCGCGUCUGCAGGUCUUGAUAAAUCCAUUUACUUGUGGGACAUCAACACCUUAACAGCACUAACAGCGAGCAAUAACACAGUCACUACUUCUAGUUUGAUGGGCAGCAAAGAAUCAAUUUAUAGCCUAGCAAUGAACCCUCCAGGCACUGUUAUAGUAAGCGGAUCCACCGAGAAAGCCCUCAGGCUUUGGGACCCGCGAAAUUGCGUCAAGUUGUUUAAGUUAAAAGGUCACACUGAUAACGUUAAGGCUUUAGUUGUGUCAAAAGAUGGCACUCAUUGCAUUUCUGGCAGCAGCGAUGGGUCCAUCAAAGUGUGGAGUUUAGGGGGCCAGAGGUGUAUCCAAACAAUCAGAGUGCAUAGCGACUCCGUUUGGGCACUUCUGGCCACGGAAAAUUUCACUCAUGUAAUCUCCGGUGGUAGGGACAAGAAGGUGAUAAUGACUGAUCUGAAAAACCCCCAGAACAGCGUUGUGGUCUGUGUGGAGGAGGCGCCAGUGCUCAAAAUGUGCUUCACGGCAGACCAGCAGGCUGUCUGGGUGUCAACUUCCAACUCCAGCAUUCGCUGUUGGAAGUUGCCAACCGAGAAACACUUCAAAGAAGAGGCCAAAAUGCCGACAUCGCCCAUUUCGCUGAUACCAGGCGGUGCUGCGAUACGUCAGGCCGUCGUUCUCAACGACAAGAGACACAUUUUGACCAAAGAUGCCAACGAUAAUGUCGCUCUUUACGACGUUUUGCGUGCGCGAAAAAUCGAAGACCUAGGCCAAAUCAAUUUCCAAGACGAAAUAAAAAACCGAUUCAAAGUAGUUUACGUCCCGAAUUGGUUCAAUGUUGAUUUAAAGACUGGAAUGCUGACGAUUCAUUUAGGACAGGACGAAGUCGAUUGCUUCUCGGCCUGGGUUUCGGCCAGGGAUGCGGGAAUCAGGGACUGUCCAGACCCCGACCAAAAAGUAAACUACGGAAAAUUGCUACUGCAAGCACUGUUCGAGCAUUGGAGAGGCGUGGAGAGAGACCCCGAAAAUAAACUGUACUUCUCAGUACCCAAACAUAUACCCUUGAUUUUGAGUGAAGUGGGCGGGCGCACGCUUUACCGGGUCUUGGUGGGCGACACAGUCGGAGACACCGAAAAUGCGCUCCUGAACGAAACAGUGCCUAAUUGGGUUAUUUCCAUUAUUGAGGAGAACAGUACCGGGAAAUUCAUCAAAGUGCAGUUUUACCUUCAGCCGCACUCUUCGGUCCCGUCUCAUUUAUUGAAACAAGACAGACUGAAAAAACCCGAUAGAUUGGUAGCCAAUGAUUUUAUCCAGUGUCGCAAAGUUGCCGAACAUAUUUUGGAGAAAUUACUGGGGGAUGGAAACGCAAGUUCUCCCGGAGGUGACGCCGAUUCGACCACUCCCAGCGGCAACGGGUACAACGUUGAUCAAAUUGAACUGACCUGCAAUGACCAAGUCCUGGACCCAGCCAUGGACUUACGAACCGUUAAACAUUUCAUCUGGAAAUCUUCGGCAGACCUGACGCUGCACUACAGGAUUGUCAACCCCAAAUAAUUCAUUCCUUACACUUAUUUAUUUAUCCAUGAUUUUGGUGGACAGAUUUAUACUAGUUUCUUGUAAUCAAACAUUUAGCAGUAUAUGUUUUUCGUAUUUGUUUGCAAUAAAAAUAUGUAACACGAAAAAUUAAAAUAAAUUUAUUUAAAAAACUUUGACUUGUCAUUUUCCCUGUCACAUCCGUCUUGUGAUCAAAAUUGAAAAUGUGUUACUUGCCCAACGUGCCUGAAAAGCUUUUCUCAGGCUUCAGCGUUUCAAAUUUUUUCCCGCAAGACCCUCUGUGGAAGGAGUUCAUCGAAGCGCGUUUGCCUAUUUUUUGGAUAAUCGGACCGUCUUUCUCCGGGAAAACGAGCCUUGCUCACAUUUUGACCGAAAUUAGUAACUUUCACAUGCUCCGUUUGCAAUUUCUUUCGUCAAUCACGACCGAAAACUCAAAAGCUCACCUAGUCGAGCCUAAAGAUAACAAAAUUGUGAAGCUAAAAAACGAAAUUCGCAACACUUUCAAGGACAGUCAGGGCUACAUAAUCGACGAUUUUCCUUCAAAUUUGAAGGAAUGCAUCCAAUUUGAGAAGAAAAUUUGCAAGCCAACGGUCGUCAUUUACAUAUCUAUAAACCUAGACGCUAUCCUGGCGAGGGCUCUCGCCCAACACCCAAACCUCGACAUAAACGCCCUCAGGAUUGGAUAUGUGAGGGAAAUGAAAAACUCUGAGAAAAUUUGCCGCAGAUACGAGAAACUGUACAAAGUCAUCAAGGUUUAUUCCCAGUUUCCCAUCCAAGACACUCAUGCCAAAGUCAUCGAGAUUCUAGAAACCGAUUUCGGCUAUAAAUUCAAACACUGAUUGUUAUUUCAAUAAAGACGUUCGAAAUUCAAA